ACUCGGCCCCGGGCUGCGCCGCAGACGGCAGCAGCUCCCGCUCCGCCCGAGCCGCCUGACCGCCGGGCCAGGGUGCUAACCGCGGGGCCCGCCAGCCCGCCGGCCGGGCCAGCCCAGCCCAGCCCGGCGGCCCGCAGCCCCGCCGCCCGCCGCCCCCCGCCGCCGCCGCGUUGCCAAAACAAACGGGCCGGCCUAUUUAUUGGCGGCCGGCGAGCCGGGCAGCUCAGAGUCGAGGCGCCGAGGGGGACAGCGCGCCGCCACCAACCAGGGCCCUGGGCCCCCGCCCCGCACCUGAGUCCCACCGGCCCUGCGCUGCGCCGCGCAGCUCAUGGCGCCCCCACCUGGAGCCCCCUGGAGCCACCCGGACGCCUGAACCCCCGCAGCGCCCGGGUCGACUCUCCCACCCAUCAGCCCACCAGGCGCCCUCGCCCACCGCUCUCCCAGGCUCCCCGGCCAUGUCUCCCGCCCGGCUCCGGCCCCGCCUGCGGUUCUGCCUGCUCCUGCUGCUGCUGCUGGUGCCGGCGGCGCGGGGCUGUGGGCCGGGCCGGGUGGUGGGCAGCCGCCGGCGGCCGCCGCGCAAGCUCGUGCCGCUCGCCUAUAAGCAGUUUAGUCCAAACGUGCCCGAGAAGACCCUGGGCGCCAGCGGGCGCUAUGAAGGCAAGAUCGCGCGCAGCUCUGAGCGCUUCAAGGAGCUCACCCCCAACUACAAUCCCGACAUCAUCUUCAAGGACGAGGAGAACACGGGCGCCGACCGCCUCAUGACCCAGCGCUGCAAGGACCGCCUGAACUCUCUGGCUAUCUCGGUGAUGAACCAGUGGCCCGGCGUGAAACUGCGGGUAACCGAGGGCUGGGACGAGGACGGUCACCACUCGGAGGAGUCUCUACACUAUGAGGGCCGCGCAGUGGACAUCACCACCUCGGACCGCGACCGCAAUAAAUACGGACUGCUGGCGCGCUUGGCAGUGGAGGCCGGCUUCGACUGGGUGUAUUACGAGUCCAAGGCCCACGUGCAUUGCUCCGUCAAGUCCGAGCACUCGGCCGCAGCCAAGACAGGUGGCUGCUUCCCUGCUGGAGCCCAGGUGCGCCUGGAGAGUGGGGCACGUGUGGCUUUGUCAGCUGUGAGGCCAGGAGACCGGGUACUGGCCAUGGGGGAGGAUGGGAACCCCACCUUCAGCGACGUGCUCAUUUUCUUGGAUCGAGAGCCAGAUAGGCUGAGGGCCUUCCAGGUCAUCGAGACCCAGGACCCCCCGCGUCGCUUGGCACUCACGCCUGCCCACCUGCUCUUCACCGCCAACAAUCACACAGAACCAGCAGCCCACUUCCAGGCCACAUUUGCCAGUCAAGUGCAGCCUGGCCAGUAUGUGCUGGUGGCUGGGAUGCCAGGCCUGCAGCCUGCCCGAGUAGCGGCUGUCUCCACACACAUCGCCCUCGGGGCCUAUGCCCCACUAACAAGGCACGGGACACUGGUGGUAGAAGAUGUGGUGGCCUCCUGCUUCGCGGCCGUGGCUGACCACCGCCUGGCUCAGUUGGCCUUCUGGCCCUUGCGACUGUUUCACAGCUUGGCGUGGGGCAGCUGGACCCCGGGGGAGGGUGUGCACUGGUACCCCCAGCUGCUCUACCGCCUGGGACAGCUCUUGUUGGAAGAGAACAGCUUCCACUCGCUGGGCAUGGCCGGGCCAAGGAGCUGAAAAGAUCCCUUCACUGCCCUCCCGGAACUGCCCAACUGGAUCCAAAUGCCUCCCCGCCAGGAGGGUACUGGCCCUGUAAGGGACCUGAGCAGAGGGUCCUGGAUCCCACCACCUCUUCCACCACAGAGUUUUACCAUUGUGACUUGACUGAGCAGUGCCAGCAUCCCCCUCCCCCAUCUUGGUGUAGUGACAUUGCUGAAAGCUGAGCUGGCAAGGGGGGUAGUCUCUCCUCCUAUCCUAUAGACCUCAAGGCUGGCACAGUGGGUCCCAACCCAGCCAGCUCUCUACAAUUUUUCAUACCUGCCUCCCCCAAUGGGGAGGGCCCAUUACAUCUGUCCGAGGCCCCGCUUUGGUGGGCUUGCACCUCAGUUGAUGCUGCUAGAUUCCCUGAGAUCCAGCAGGGAGCUGGCUGGACUCAAUACUGCCUGAAGCUGAGAAGGCCGCAGGAUGGGGCCGCCAUCCUGACUGUGACCUUCCUCCUUGGCCACACUCCUCGGGACACAUCCAGAGACUGUUGCUGUCAGUGGACAGAGUUCUGUGUUCCAGCCAAUGUGAUCGUAGUGCCCGGGACCAAGGGAGUGGGUUGGAUGUCCUGUCCACCCCUGCCCAGGCUAAGCUCCCUCACCCCUCCUCCGGUCAGUCUCCCCACCUUAUUUAUUGGCACCGAGGGGGAAGCCCAUGGGAGAGUUUUCGGGAUGUUUUGGUCUUUUCUUCUUUUUGUAAUAAAAAUUAUUUAAGUUGUUAGAGCCCUAGAGUCCAGGAUGCUGAGUGGGGUCCGUACAGGGAGCGUCUGGAGCCAGGGGUGGGCCUGUCCAGGUGUACGCUCACCUUCUCCCAAGGACAAACCUCCAGCGCUCCCACCCCCUCUGCAGUCCCUUUGUUACCAGUAGCUCUGCAAAGACCCAACAGAGAGCUGUGCUGUGUGCUAGGCCAGGCCUUAGCAUGAGGACCCCAAGGUCAGCCCUAACACGGUUGGAUGAGAGAAAAAAGUGAGGUCUAGUCCAUGGUCACUUCACUCAUCUAGAACCACCUCUCAUGCUAUGUCUAGUCAAGGUGCUUUCCUUGCUUACUCUUGUCCUUCCUGGGGCCUGGCUUUCUGAUUCUUCACUGUGGAUAAUGGACUGUGGUAGGAAACGAUUCUGGAGACUUCACUGCCCUUGUGGCUCAUUCUGACUUCUUGGAUAAGUCAGGGGUCCCUUACUUAGCAGUUCUCAAACCUCAGAAUCACCUGGGCAGCUCGUUGAAAAAUGAUUCUUGGUCCCAUUUCCAAGAUUUUGCUUUAAUAGAUCCAGAGCGAGGCCCAGGAACUUACUUUUACAAACACCCCAAACAGGGCAGAUGGUCCACAGACCACACUUUGAGAAACAUUGCUUAGUCUAGAGAAGGCCCAGUUUAUUGCCCAAACCGCAUGACCCUCUUCUUCGUUUUCUCUUGGUCUCUCCGUUCCAAAGCAGGUUUUCCUGUGCUCACUAGAGAUCAGUUGAGAGUCCCAGGCCCAGUGGUGCAAUUGGUAAAUUUUUAGGAAUUUCAUGAGCCAGUUGAAAUAGGCUAAUGUGGGACUAUUUACACCAUGGAAACUGGUGUAUGAUAGAAAUUAAGGUUCUCCCCACUGUGGAGAGCCAGUUGUUAGAGUGUGCCACUGCCCAGGCCCUAGCCGUACACAGAGAUUACUGUGCUGGGGGUGACUGCUCAGACUCUUACCUUCCCCACCCCCCACCUCCAUGGAGGAAAACUCUAGAGAAAACUCCAUUCCCUGGGGAUUGUGUCAUCUGGGGGGAAAUACGCCCCCACAGGCUGUAAUGAAUGGUAACUGCUAUCAUUUAAUGAAGACUCCCUGUUGCCAGCCAUUGUUCUAAGUGCUUUACAUGUAGAACCAAUUUAACUUUCAUAACAACCCUAUGCGGUAUAUACUAUAAUAUUACCAUUUUCCAGAUGAGAACACAGAAACCCAGGGAGGUUAGAUAACUUGCCCAAGACUAUGUAGUGAGUGAUAGAAGCGGGAUUUGAACCCCUGCAUCUGGCUCUCAGGCCCACUUUUUUUUUAAUUGAGGUAACAUUGGUUCAUAACAUAUAAUUUUCAUAACAUUAUAAUUCAAUAUCUGUAUACACUGUCGUGUGCUCACCACCGUAAGUUUAGUUUCCAUCUGUCACCAUACAUUUGAUUCCUCCUUACCCAUUUUCCCCUCUCCCACUAAGGCCAACUGUUUUUACCACAGGAUUUUCCCUUGGUGAACUUGGGUCCUCUCUGGAAGGUACUCUUAACAUUUCAGGCCUAGAAAUCUGCUUUGUUAGAACAUCUAGAGUGGACUCAUUGCUCUGUGGCAGACUUUCAUGGACCAUGCGCACAGGAACCAGAGGUCCAUGAACUCCUUUACAGUGACAAACAUAAAAAGUCAAGAUACUCUUGUCCACGCAUUUGCACAUUCUCUCCCUUGUAGACAUUCUGUGUGUGUGCGUGUGUGUGUGUGUGUGUGAGAGAGAGAAAGAGAUCUUGAGAGAGAAAGAGAGAGACAGAGAGAGAGAGGCUCUUUCCUAUGGAGCUGGGGAAUGAUGGUGGUAGCUGCCUCUCCUACUGGGCCUGGGCACAAUCUGUCCUGCCGACAGAGCCAUUGGAUGUCCCCAGACCUUUCUGUCCCAGAUGGGCCUCCUCUGAAACCACAUUCAUUCUUCAGACAGAAGGCUGCAACGGUUUAGAAAAAACUGUGUCUGAAUUCAGCCCCUCACA